AGGGUUACUUUAGUGAAGUCUGUGGCCUGUUCACAGUCUGCUGUUGGUCUGCUGUCUGAGUUUAGAUGAUUUUUACAGAAAUAGACUAGAUAGUGAAACAGUAAAACCGAUUCCGAAUUCUAAACCGAAAAUUACAUGCUACAAAUACAUUAAAAAAGGCGAAGAUAAUAAGAAAUAAACCUCUCUCACUUGUUAAUCAUAAUUGUAAAAAAAAACUUAGUUUGUUGAUUUUGUUUGCUAGAAUUUUCCACUUGAAAUAUUCUCAGUUUUUGCCAACAAAGGAGUGAUUAGAUUAGUGUUUUUAGUACCACUACCUAUACUCGAACGGUCAUUCAUUAUUCUCAUUGAAAAAACAAUCUUCCAUUUCUUAUAUUCAUGUGCACUAGAAAUCUUUCAAAUCAAGUACUUUUGUAAUCAUUAUAAAAAGUGGUGGUACAAGUUGCAAGAAGUGUUGAGUUUUCCCAAGUUUUCUAUUGUGUUACUAGGAGGUCGGCUAACAUCUUUGCCAUCCGCGAUCACCUGUUUCUGCACUCCACGGAUUGCCUAAUUAUUCCAAUGUUCUAAAGAUUAUACCAUACCCCAAGAGGGAUUAGAGAUGGUGGACUACUACAGAAUACUAGGUGUAUCUCGGACAGCAACUGAUGGUGAAAUUAAAAAAGCUUACAGAAAAUUGGCGCUGAAAUGGCAUCCUGACAAGAAUCCAGACAAUGCAGAUGAAUCUAACAGGCGAUUUAAAGAAAUAUCAGAAGCCUAUGAAGUCCUAUCAGAUGAAAACAAGCGGAAAUUAUAUGAUGCACGGGGAUCCUGUCACCACAGUCACAGAUACUCAAGCAAGAACGGAGUUAAUGGCCAUCGACACUUUAGCUUCAAAGGUUUUUUUGGAGAGACACCAUUCCACCGUUUUUUUGAAAGAAAACGUCGCGUGUACGAUCAGUAUGGUAAAGAAGGUCUGAACAACAGCAGGGGGCGACAUUCCGCGGCCGAUGAAGACUACGACUUUGGCUACCACAGUUUUCCCUUCAAGUUCCGAGAUCCAGAGGAGGUGUUCAGAGAGUUCUUUGGUGGCUCCCCUUUUGGCGACUUAUUUGCUGACAUGAACGGGCACGGGGCGCGCGGCGGGCGGCGCGGCCACCCCGGCACGUCGCUCACGUCUUCGCUGUUCAGCCCGUUCGGCUUCGGCGUGCAGGGGCUGGACGACAUCUUCGCGCACGCCGGCAACGGCAACUCCUUCACGUCCUUCUCCACCUUCAACAGCUCCGUGGCCGGCGCGGGCGGCGCCAACAUGCGCAGCACCACCACCACCACGAGGAUUGUCAACGGCAAGAAGAUUACUACGAAAAAGGUCAUGGAAAAUGGUCGUGAGACUGUGAUGUCUUAUGAAAAUGGGGUCCUGAAAUCAAAGACUGUUAACGGCGUACCUCAAUCUCUAACAUACAGUUAAAUAAAUAACCUCUAACCAAACUCAAUCCAAAUGACAACUUUACUCAAUAUAAUAAUAAUUUAUUAUGUGAGUAAUAUGUUCCAACUUAUAAUUUAAUUUUGCUUAUUUUAAUUAAUGUAGUUAAACUGGCACUGUAAAUUUUAGUGGUUAAAAAUUCUAAACAAUACUUAAUUUAGUCAUAAGUCUCGCUUUUUUAUUUUGGGAUAAAGUGAGCCAUUAAUUGCAAAGGAACACUUUUUAAAUAUUUCGCUCGUCAGAACUGUUUGCCCGAUUCUUGAUCUCAAUCUCUCGAACGAGCAUUGUGUUAGUACUGACUGUUGAUUUGAUGCUCCUAUUUUACAGUCAACUAUAGUUAGCGUCAAAUUGCUGGGUAGUUUUAUUAAUAAUAUAAACGUACGGGCGCCAUUUAUGAGUAAUUUAAUUAAAUACCUGCUCGUCGUUUUCGUGGUUCUAAAUUGAUUAUAAUAUUCAUAAAGUAUAUAUGAUUUUAUAAAAUAUAGAUUAGUUGUUUGAUUCCUGUUCUAUUUUUUUUUUCUAUUUUUACCGUCAUUAGUGUAGCGCGCGUGCGUGGCAUUCUUAUAAAUUAGUUUUAUGAAGCUUUAUUUUUGCUUCAUAUAUUUUUAUAUGAAUGAUAGAUAAAAUUUUACAAUGAUGCCAAAAAAGGUAUGUGGUUAAUUUAGUUACAAUUUUGUCGCUGACGACGUAAAACAAGCUACAAUUUAUAAGAAGUCAACUGCUCAGGGAACUCGAGUUCCACGCUGCCCACAUAACGGGCCAGUCAUAGCUUUUAGUCUAUUAUCACAAUAUUCUUUAUGCCUUAGUAUAAUAUAUUAGUAUAAAAUAACUAUGUAUUUUUCUUUCGCCACUUAAAAAUUGGUGUUAAAAACUUAAUACACAUGUGUUUUUGUUUAACGGCAUUUAUUUUAUAGCGAUUAAACACCAUUAACAUUAAUGCUAAUAAUUCGAUCGACAGCCUUUUGGAGUUAACUGCAUAAAACCGCGUCCACGUUAAAAAAUUUGCAUCGUAUAUUGAACUUCUAGAGUCUACAUGUAGUGUAAACAUUUUCAAAACAUACACAAAAUGGUACGACUGACGAUUCGACACAAUCAUUUUUUAACGGAAAUUUAGCGGAACAGGACGCAAACAGGAAUGCAAAUUUUUAUUACGGUGGACGUGGCUCAAUAAUUGUAACAAUCAUAACACAUAAAACAUGUAUAUAUAAAAUAAUAAAUUGAUUUCUCGCAUGAACAAAACUUUUUACUUUUACAAUAAUUUUCAUAAUAGGUACUAUAAGACAUCUGUAUACCGUGUGAUGUUUGUUCAAGGUUGACCUUAAUAUAACUGGUUGGUAUUCCUUAAUUCAGUAGCAAAGUAUGAUGAUGAUUGUCAAAUAUUAGUGAUUAAUUGUUAUAUUGCUAUGCUAAUUUAGGAGGUACUUAAUAUUACUUAUGUCGCAAGAAUUUACUUCUUUUAUUAUUUUUUAAAAUUAACUGUCAGGUUUUAGACCCGCACUUAACAGGAGUCCUUGCUGUUAAUACGAGUGCCAUUGCUAUCCUAUCUAGAUUCUUCCUUUUGACCAUCAUUGUGUUUCAAAAAAAUUGUAAAUAGAUUUAAUGAUUAAAAUUAAAUUUCUUCUCCAAUAUUUUGUGUUAUGCAAAAUUAUUGUCAGCAAGUAAUGAGCACUGCGAGUUAAAAUAAAUAAACUUAAUUUGUAA